UCUUCCGGUGUCAUGGAGUCAGUUGCGAGUCUGGGGCAAAAAAAGGGAGAGCUAGAUAUUUGCUAGACCGCGAUUUGUGGCUUCUGUGUGCUGUGGACUGCUUAGAAAGAACCUGGGAGACCUCCAAGCUACGGAAUGGUCUCUUCUGGUUCCAGAUGAAAUUUAGGAGUGAUUUCUCUAGAUCUAUAAGGAGGCAGUGAGCUUUGAGGAUGUGGCUGUGAACUUCUGCAGUGAGGAGUGGGCUUUGCUGAGUCCAUCCCAAAAGAAGCUCUACAGAAAUGUGAUGGAGGAAACAUUUAGGAACAUGGUGACUAUAGGUGGAGAUUGUAAGAAUCAUGAAAGAAUUCACACUGGAGAGAAACCCUAUGUAUGUAAGCAAUGUGGGAAAUGUUUUGCCACACAUGGAUAUUGUAACCAACAUGAAAGAAUUCACACUGCAGAAAAAUACUAUGUAUGUAAGCAAUGUGGGAAAGGUUUCACCACACGUGGACACUUUAAGGAACAUGAAAGAAUUCACACUGGAGAGAAACACUAUGUAUGUAAGCAAUGUGGGAAAGCUUUUACCACACAUAGACACUGUAAGCAACAUGAAAGAAUUCACACUGGAGAGAAACCUUAUGUAUGUAAGCAAUGUGGUAAAGGUUUUACCACACUUAGACAGUGUAAGGAACAUGAAAGAAUUCACACCGGAGAGAAACCUUAUGUAUGUAAACAAUGUGGUAAAGGUUUUACCACACUUAGACAGUGUAAGGAACAUGAAAGAAUUCACACUGGAGAGAAACCCUAUGUAUGUAAACAAUGUGGGAAAGCUUUUACCACACGUAGACAGUGUAAACAACAUGAAAGAAUUCACACUGGAGAGAAACCCUAUGUAUGUAUGCAAUGUGGGAAAGCUUUUACCACACUUUCAUACUGUAAGCAACAUGAAACACUUCACACUGGAGAGAAACCUUGGAUUUGUAAGCAUUGUGGGAAAGCUUUUACCACACUUCCAUACUGUAAGCAACAUGAAAGAAUUCACACUGAAGAGAAACCCUAUGUAUGUAAGCAAUGUGGGAAAAGUUUUGCCACAUGUAGACAGUGUAAGCAACAUGAAAGCAUUCACACUGGAGAGAAACACUAUAUAUGUAAGCAAUGUGGGAAAGCUUUUGCCACACGUAAACACUGUAAGCAACAUGAAAGAAUUCACACUGGAGAGAAACCUUAUAUAUGUAAGCAAUGUGGGAAAGGUUUUACGACAUGUGGAGAUUGUAAGAAUCAUGAAAGAAUUCACACUGGAGAGAAACCCUAUGUAUGUAAGCAAUGUGGGAAAGCUUUUACCCAACGUGGAAAUUGUAAGACACAUGAAAGAAUUCACAGUGGAGAAAAACCCUAUGUAUGUCAGCAAUGUGGGAAAGCUUGUAUGCAAGGUGAACAUUGUAAGCAACAUGAAAGUUCACACUUGAGAUAAACCCAGUGUAUGUAAGCACUGUGAGAAAGCAUUCAACACAUGUAUAUAUUGUGUAAUGCAUGAAAACUUAACACUGCACAGAAACCAUCUAAGAAAUGUGGGAAAGCUUUCAGCAGAAAUUCUCAUUGUCAAACCCAUGAAAAUGUUCACACUUGGCAGAAAAACUAUGCAUGUAAUGAAUGUGAGAAUGUUUUCACCACAUAAGGAUACUGUAAAAUACAUCAAAGUCUUCACACUGGGGUGAAACCCUAUGUAUGUAAGCAAUGUGGCAUAGGUUGUACCACAUACAGUCAUUGGAGAACACAUGAAAGAAUUCACACUGGGAAGAAACACUGGCUAUGUAAGCAUUGUGGGGACACUUUCAGGAGCCAGAGUGAAAGUGAAACACAUGAAGAAACUGUCACUGGAGAUUAAUCCUAUGCAUUAUGGAAAUCCUCUCAGCACACAUGAUGAUUGUUAUAUAUUUGAAAGCUCACUGGGCAGAAAUCCUAUGUGGACUAGUAAUGUGAGAAAUAUGCCAGUCCACACACUUUGUGAGAUACAUAGAAAAAGCCUCAUUGGUCAGACUGUUUAGAUCUAUGUUUAGUUUAAAAAUACCAAGGAACCCAGAAGAAAUAAUCAAUAUAAAUUUUGAUGUCAAUAUUUCUUCAUAAAUUUUCCAGAAAUGACAAAUCUGAAGUGGAGCUCUCCUCAAAUACAUAUGUGGUAUGGUUUUUAGUUAAUCACUUGUGCCUAUCUAGACAUUUUAAAGUGCAUUUGUACUUCAACAUGGAAUAUUUUAAUUAAAGAUAGUAAACUGAAAUGUACUUUUCACUUUCUAGAAUGGGUCUUUUCUAUGUACUUAGCAUUUGUCUUUAAAACUUAAUUUUUGUAUUUUUUUGUGAAUUGUAAUUUUAACACUGCAUUUGUUCUAAUCCUUUGAUGUACAUGCUUCAUUUUCUGUCAUAAAUGAUGUUUCUGAAAUUGUUGCUGUAUUUGACAUUAAGAUAAACAUUUAUGGAAGCUCAGAAUAUGCGUUUUUGACAAAGUUGUGUUCUUUUCACAUAACUUGUACAUUAAUGGAUGUUAAGUUUUUCAUGUUGUGAUGAGAUACUGCUUAUAUCCUAACAUUACUGGAUAUCAUACUAUGUACAUUAUGUUGCCAGUUUUUGUUUUUCACUGGAGCAGAUAUUUGUCAUUUAAGUAAAUCUUUGUUUUUCUAACCAUCAGAA